GAACUUGUUUUCGUGACGUCACCGUGGGAAAUUUCAAUAGUAAAGCUGAGUAGGAUUUGCGAUGUUCUCGGAAAUCUUCUAAAAAGAUUCAUGUUUCAACUUUUUGGAGGAUUCUGAAGUUUUUCAUACUAACAAUGCCGACGUCAGGAGAAAGUGGAAUUGUUCCAUCAUCUACAUACAACCUAAGGAGUAGGCCUUUGCCAAAGACUUCAUGUAGACCUACUACCAGGAGUUCUAAUAAGGAGAAUAUCAGUACAGGGAAGGUAACAGCAUCAACAAGAUCUACAAGGACUACAAAAAAGGCAGAACAGAGCAAAAUACCUGUGCCAAACAGCAAGAUCCCUGUCUCCAGCAACAGUAGGAUACCUAUCGCAAAGACCACCAGAUCAACAGCCUCCAAGACAUCGGGCGCUUCUUCCAGGACCCCGACGCGCAGGAAAGUCCCGGACUUUGAGAAGCUUCACAAGUCAUGGAACAAAAAGUUCCAGCAAGGCAAAGCUGUCUCAAAGAAACCGUGUACACAGACGGAGGCUUUUGAUUUGACGAGACCGGGCACGGAGUUCAGGAGGGCAUAUUACGACGGCACGAAGAAAGACGUUAAAAGCAGGCGGCAGACGGGUUUCGGCUUCAGGCCGGAUGGUGAUGAUUUUCAUGUCGAUGAUGGGGCCCUCAAUGACAUCCUCAAUGGUCAAGGGCUCGAGGGAGAGGAUGAGGACCAGGGGAAAGUGUCUUCAAGAGCAACUCUUGCUGGGACAGGUGUAUCAACGGGACCUACCUCACAUCUUGCUGGCAGGAGGCAAACUUUAGGACAAUUACCAUCAACAGGGGCGGGGCGGGUCAACAACUCCUCAAACAUCUUGUCGGACAGAGAAAUCAGCAAGCCAGUUUCACAUGGUGGGAAGAAAUCUCUUACACAAGAACAGACAGAAGCUGGAAUAACGUUUGAGACCAGUGCUGACUCCCUUGCCAGCAUUUUGAACAACACCGGGCUACACUCAUCUCAUAAACAACAUGCCAUCAUGGGAGGGCGACAGACGAUUGGCGGUAUGUCUGCCAAACAGAGACAGUCUGCUAGAUCCAAUAUGACAACUGGAAGGACAUCGAUCUACUACCAGAAACCCAAGAACCAUGAUGUCACCAAGGUCUACAGUGAGUUUGCCAAGAGGACCUUGUCCAGGUUCACUAUGGAUGGGAACCAAGCGAGCUUCAAGAAUGACUUCAUCAACAGCCUUCUGCCAGAUAACAGAGGCUCCAUAUACUUCAAACCAAGUAACCCAGCUCCCGAAAAACCAGUCACGGACAGACCAAAGAGCUCUGCCGCCGUCAGUAGAACUCCAGGAACGGCUGCGAGAAUUCUUAAUCCUCGUUUCAAGAAGCAGGACCAGUCAUGCUCUCCUGUCCUUACACCAGCGAGGCGCAUCCCUACAACACCCGGGGGGCAGAGUCAGAAGAAUGUUCGUUGGGCUGAUGUCCUCUCGUCACCUACAGAGGGAGACAUAGCAGACCAAACUAAGGAUGUGGUAGCUGUUCUCAAUUUUGGCGAUGAUUGCGAAGAUGUAGUUUCUCCCGAGACAAAGACGAGACUUGAGGAGGUGCAGAAGAUUGAGGCCGAGACUGUCCUUAACAGGCAAAAGCUUAAUGAAAUGGAGGAGAUAGAAAAGCAACUGGAACUGGAGAUAGCUCGUCUUCAUGAAGCAGGAGAUCAGAAAGAUCUUGAAGAGCCUGUCCGUCAAACUGCCUCAUCUGUGCCCCAACCAGACCCUAACCUGCACAGGGUUGAUUCCAUUACAUCAAACACUCUUGACCAGAUCCCUACGAAGCAGCCCGCAAAUUAUCUUGAUCCAGUCAAGCUAUCCACAGUCUACAAAGCAGACACGGCCCAUGUACCGACACCUGAGAAUACAACACAUGGGUAUAGCACAGUGUCGAGGUAGGUUCAGCAGCAUGGCACAAGGGAAGUACAACAUCUGCAGGAAAGGGUCCAGAGAGGUCUGAGCCAUAUGCAGACAUCAAACCUUGAUAGAGGAUUCAAUCAUCAACACAGUGAUACAGCGCAGCCAAGAGAAAGUUAUUUUCAAAGUGCUGUUCCUAGUACGGGUAUUGAUGUGAAGAGAGAGCUAAGCUCAUUUCCCUUGUCAUCGGACAGUCAUGUUGUUUCAACCGCUGCUGACAAGCCGAACGUAAUCAAGCCAGAAGUGACAUUUCAUGGUGUUGUGCGUGAGGUUGAUCAUGUGAGUGAUGGCUCGCUGCGGCUUCAGUCUCCAUCAGGAUCAAGGCUGAUGGUUACCGAUAGUACAGAAGCUUUUUGUGGUGUCUUCCCUCCAUUCCUGCAGAACUCUUACCAAUCGUCUAGGCAUCCCAAUCAAUUAUCUGGUCAGGAAAGUGCUCAGAGUGAUACCAUAAUGCCUGAACCCUCUACAGUGAAAACAGGUGUAGGGGACUCUAUCAAUAGGUUGAGAGCAGACAUGGAUCAUAAUCACCAUCACCCUAUGGCAGCCAGAGACAAUGAGAACAAGAUGUUGCCUACGAUGCUGAGUUAUGACCACAGCAAAACAAUUGCAAGGACUGACCCGCAUGGGGGAGAAACUAUUCCUCAAUUAUAUGUACCACAAUCCUCUAUAGAAAGUACUAAACCACACAUAUCCCAUGACGGUCCCCAAGCAUUUAGUGUUCCGACCAAAGCCACAGCACCCACUGACAAUCCACGGUUGACGAUACACACGCCUCAGCCAUCAAGAGCUGUACCCAGAGGAAACUCAUUCCUCAAUCCCACUCCACAUUUGCGUACCAUGUCAACUCCCCUUCACCAUUCAUCAAUGAUGCCAACUCCCAUUCGAACACCCUUGGCCAUGAGACACUCUUCAUUGACUUUGUCCUCGGGGAGAGAACAUCAAGAGUGGCCGUCUCCCGUUGUAUCCAAUGCCGAAAGGUUCCCACUGUAUGAUCACCAUCAGACUGCAACAUCUUGCAGCCAUUCGUCAGUAGAAACAACAUCUGUUGCCCAACGCUUCCUUCCAUACGGUCACAACCUACCUGCCCCUAGGUCAUCAAACAUGGACAGGUCGCAACAGAAUUUUCAUCAGACUACAACAUCUUGCAGCCAUCCAGAAGCAGCUGCGUCCUCAUCGAUUCAUCCCGUUGGCUCACUGCCAAAUCGGCCAGAACAUCCUGUAGGAUCUGCGUCUACGGCUUUCCAGUACAGGCGACCUCAUUCUGCGUCAGUGUCUUCCGAGUGCCCCAGGAUCGCUUCCAGUCAGAGUGCAGGGGCUGCCGGGUCACUCUCUCUUAGUGACAGUCUCCGAGGUGGUCAUCAUCGAGAGCCAGUUCUUCCAGUGAAGCGGCAAAUGAUGACAGAGAGAGAAACCAGUGGCCAGUUGUUUCACCAAGUACUGUUAGAUGAAGAGUGCGCCCUCUAUGCCUGUCGAUUGAAAGGAAGACACACACUCGAAUCGGGAGAACCCCGUCCCCUCAAUCCUGUCGGUAAAGUCCUCAUGUACGGCGAUGAUAUGCAUUUUGUUCCGAUCAGAGAUAUUGAAUUUUUGGUUGCCUCUCCAGUUGGAUCGGCCUUCUCCAAUUACUACCUAGCAACGUGAUUCAAAGUACGAACACAUCAUGGUGAGAUAUAGGCACUUGCAAAGCUGCAAACUCUUAUGAAAGUUCCAUGUUUCCCACAAUUGUAGCUUAGGAUUAUGAAGUGUUGCAAGAAACUAACAGUUUAUGCCCAAUCAAGUCCAAAAUCACGCAUUAAAAGUCCUUUCAAUUUAACAUAAAUUUGUAGUUGAUUUGUGUUCAAUUGCAGAUCAACUUUCUUGCAGCGCUCCUUUACAGAUGAUUUAGGGGCUUGCACUUGAUUUGCAAUUGAAAGUAAGUGUUUUGCAAUGCCCAUGGGACCAUCAUCAAAGUUAAACCUUGGUUCCAUCUUGCAAAGAGUUGUGAUUGAUCAAAUCAACCUCAACUAGAUGGAAAUCCAUCAUCACUGUCAGGAUUUUUCAUCCAGGAAAUUUACACAAUGUCCUUGGAAAACUAAAGAGGAGCACACCACAUUGUCAAGACAUCAAUGAAUGUAUCAUUAUACAUUGUAUCUAGAAGUUUUUUUUUUUAACAAACAUGCAUUUAAACGCCACUGCACACCUUACGACCCGACCGGUCGCCGACUGGCUUGCGACUGGGUGAGGGGAGAUGUUACGUCAUAGCUCUUGUCACCUUGAGCGUCGCAGACCGGUCAGAGACAAGUCGCAAGGAAAAUCAGAAGGAUUUGACAUGUCGAAUCCUUAUGACUGGAUCA